GGCCCCGCCCCCGCCCUCGCCCUCGCCCCGCGGCUCAGCUGACUGCCCGGUAGUCACAUGACAGGCGAAGCCCGGCGCGGCAACAUGGCGGCGGCGCAGGGACCCUGUUUUUGGCUGGGAAAAGAAACUUUGCAAGUGCCAGUAGCACUCUUUGCCCAGAACAGAAAGCGACUGUGUGAUCGACUGAGGCAGAAUAAGGAUGUCCAGAAGAAUUCCAUUGUCCUGUUGCAGGGUGGAGAGGACGCCCAGAGAUACUGUACUGAUACUGGCAUUGUCUUCCGCCAGGAAUCGUAUUUUCAUUGGACUUUUGGAGUGACUGAAGCAGACUGCUAUGGAGCAGUUGAUGUUGAUACUGGAAGAUCGAUUCUAUUUGUCCCCAAACUCCCUGAAAGCUACGCAGUUUGGAUGGGAAAGAUUCAUCCACCUGAGCACUUCAGAAAGAAAUAUGCUGUGGAUGAAAUAUAUUAUACAGAUGAGAUAUCCAGUGUCUUGGCUUCAAAGAAACCUUCUGUCCUCCUUACAUUGCGUGGUAUUAACACUGAUAGUGGACAUGUCUCCAGGGAAGCAUCAUUUGAAGGAAUCAGUCAAUUUAAUGUGAACAACAAGAUUCUUCAUCCUGAAAUUGCAGAAUGUCGUGUGAUUAAGACAGACAUGGAGUUGGAAGUUAUGCGCUACACCAAUAAAAUCUCCAGUGAAGCCCAUAAAGAGGUAAUGAAAGCUGUAAAAGUGGGGAUGAAAGAGUAUGAGAUGGAAAGCCUGUUCGAGCACUAUUGCUACACUCGGGGUGGCAUGCGCCAUACUUCUUACACUUGCAUCUGUGGCAGUGGAGAAAACUCAUCUGUUUUACACUAUGGACAUGCUGGAGCUCCGAAUGAUAAGACUAUUGGAGAUGGUGAUUUGUGCUUAUUUGACAUGGGUGGAGAAUAUUACUGUUAUGGUUCUGACAUUACCUGCACAUUCCCAGCAAAUGGAAAGUUCACUCCUGACCAGAGGGCCAUCUAUGAAGCAGUGCUUAAGUCUUCUCGGGCUGUCAUGAAAGCAGUCAGACCAGGGGUCGCCUGGCCUGAUAUGCACCGUCUGGCUGACAGAGUCCAUCUGGAGGAACUGACUAAAAUUGGCAUUCUGCAAGGCAAUGUAGAUGACAUGGUGAAGGUUCAUCUGGGUGCAAUAUUUAUGCCACACGGGCUUGGACAUCUACUUGGAAUUGAUGUGCAUGAUGUUGGAGGCUACCCAGAGGGAGUUGAGCGCAUUGACCUACCAGGUCUCAGAAGUUUGAGAACUGCCCGUGUCCUUCAGGAAGGCAUGGUACUGACCAUUGAACCGGGCAUUUACUUCAUUGAUCAUGUGUUGGACCAGGCUCUGAAGGAUCCUACACAAUCUUGCUUCAUUAAUAAUCAAGCCCUGCAGCGUUUUCGAGGAUUUGGUGGGGUACGGAUUGAGGAUGACAUUGCAGUGACAGCCAAUGGAAUGGAGCUACUAACAUGCGUCCCACGCACCGUAGAAGAAAUAGAGGCUUUCAUGGCAGAAGCCCAAGGCAGCACCAAGUCAUUUGACUGCUUGUCCAGCCAAAAGCAGUAAACUCCAUGUACUUGCUGUUUCCCGCUUAUCAGUUGUCCUUCCGAUUUAAGGCAGCAGCAUAUAAAAUAAAAUGAUUUAAUUCUGCAAAGCAACUGAGUCAGGCAAAGCAUUAGACUAGAAUGGUUAUUUCAUUAGAAAUUAAAUUAGAAAGCUUCAGCACCAUAUAUUCAGGUAGCUCUAAAUCUUGAUGCUUUCAAUCAACAUCUUAUAUUACGAAGUGCCAACAGAAUAAUGCUACAGGAUGAACAGCUGAAAUUAAAAACCUCAGAUCAUCUGUACCUUACCUCUUCCAGUAAUAUCUGCAUUUUCAUGGCAGUGACUUUUAUACAUGUCAAAUCUGUUAUCUGUAUGUUGUCUGUAAUCAUGAGAAAAUACCUAAGAAUUCCUGUUUGGGAAACUUAUCUCCACAAGUUUUCCAAGAUCUUUCUGUUAACUGGGAAUGGCUGAGACAAUGCCACCUGUUUUCCUUGUGAAUCAGUAUUUUGAUAUAAAUGAAGUGAACAAAAUAAGAUUUCUAAUAAAAAUUACCUCUGCAA